CCUUCCGAAGCCUCCAUCCUCUCCAUCAUUACACCACAUCACGACGACCACAGCAAUGGCGUCGGAGCCGUCUGCGUCGAGGCCGCCUCGCAAUGCCGCCCUCGGCGCUGCUAGAGUGUCGGGAGACUUGACUGAGCGCCGUAGCCGCGGCGAGUACGACGACGCAGACGAGGGCAGAACGCGCCAGGGAAGUGCAAUGAGCAGCAGAGCAGGCGGCGAAGAAGGGACAAGCGCAGACGGUCGCAUUGAUGGAGGUGAUGAAGACGACGACGAUGAUGACGACGGGGAUGAAGAUGCAGAAGGAGAUGUCGACGAGGAGGAGCAAGAGCAAGACGCUGCCGGCAAUGACACUGAUGCCGGAGGCAAUGACGAAUCAGGAGCCCACAACGACGAUCUGGCUCGACUGCGAGGAGCAGUUGCCAAACAUAGGCAAGUCGCAGCCUUAGCUGGUGGAGCGUAUCCAUACGAAGCAGCAAAGCCAUCUAGGAAGGCACCGUCGGGUCGAGUGAGCAAGGCAGUCUACAAGCGAUUCUCCGACGCCCGCAUCCAGGCUAUCGAGAACGUCAUCUCGCCCAGCCCAGAGGAUUCUGGUUGGCUUCCCCCACCAGCGACGGCUGGAGAAGCAACUGCCAUUUACAGCUUCAUCAUUUCGACGAUACACUCCCACACACUGCCCAACGGCCGACGAUGCGCCCAGUCCCUCGAUCCAGCGUACGCCGAUCGCCCAGGCUUCUUGGACAAUGCAGAGAAGCCCACUUUCAUGGCAGACGUCGAGGCCAGGAUAUCGCGACAGGAGUACUCCGACUCCCGCGCAUUCGAAGUGGACCUCUGCCAAGUCUUCACCACCUUCAGGCGGGGCCAUCCUUUGGGGACGCAAGAGCACGGCGACAUCUGCAUUCUUCAACGCCUCUACCAGCGAAUGACCCGUACCUUGCCUCGCUCCCAGACCUCCGACCUUGCAUACGUCCAGAACAAUCUUAAUACCCGCGACUCCGUCUUUUACUAUUCGAGCGUCCAUUUUGGCCCCGGGCAUGCUCAGCGUGGACAGCAGGGGACGGAACUCACCACUCGACCUGUGAUCAAGGGGAAGAUCUACUACACUCAUGCCUUCCACAAAGGCAUCAUUCUCAAAGUAGGAGACUGGGUCCACCUGAUGAACCCCGCAGACCCCACAAAGCCCACACUUGCCCAAGUCUUCAAGAUCUCCAAGCGCGAAGAGGACCUGAACUCCCCUCCCCUCUUGUCCUGCUGCUGGUACUUCCGCCCAGAGCAGACCGUGCACCCUCCCUCACGCAAGUUCGCCCUUGAAGAAGUAUUCAAGACGGGCCUCUUCGCAGACCACGCAGUGGACGACGUUCUCGAGCAGACGCACGUCCUCUUCUUCACCAAGUGGACGCGCGGCCGCCCACCACCGGCCAUUUGGAGUCCAAAGGCACCCAUCUAUUUCUGCGAGGCGCGGUACAACGAGAAAGUCCACGACUACAACAUCAUCAAGAACUGGAACAGCUGUCUGCCCGAAGAGCUGAGGGGUGCAGAACAGCCUCUGGUGCCCUUUUCGGAGCCUCGACCACCGCCGCAGAGAAUCGAGUCGCCGUUCUUGAGAGGAGUGCCCGGACCCGGCCGACUUUGCGACGAGAGUGAGGUAGGCAAGGCCAGUACGGACAGCGUCGCAGAUCCAUUUGCCGCGUCUGAGUCGUCGAGCAAGAAGCGAAAAGCCUCGGACUCAAACUUCAACGUCCAAGCCAGCGGCAGCGGGUCGCGAGGCCAGUAUCCUCCGCAGCAGCAUCUCCUUCAGCAACAGCAAGCGCACCUCGCUCCAACCUCCAGCGUUCGCUACCCGACCACCUACCUGGCCCCAGCCGGACCACAAGGAUACCCACCUCAGACAGUCAACGCAGCCCAUCGAGACUACAACGAUAUCUGCGGCACGAUGGCCCGCGUCAUCGGACGACGAGAAGUAGAGCGGACCGCGAGCAUCCUUUCGGCGCCGGGGGCCAUGCAGGUUGAUCUGUACGCAGUCAGUCACUCGUUACGCGGUGCCAUCGACGUGCCCACUCUGGUACGCUUGAGGGACGCGUGCAUCGUGCUGGCGCGAUCUAUGGCUGCGGGUCGAGGCGAGGGCAGUGGCGGAGGUAGCAGCAGACCAUCCGUCGGUCCGCGCCAGUCGUCAGGCAUGCCACCCCCCUCAAGCACGGCAACUCCAGGACCCAAGGCUGGUGGCAGCGGCAAGAGUGGCGGCCCCUCGGCACCCGCGCCUCCUCCGCCGGGCAUUGAGCGUACGUUGGAGUCUGCACUGGGCGGGAUCGAUGCGUAUUGGGAGACUUUGCCUAACGAGACUGUUGAAAGAUUUGGCGAUUCGGUAGCACCAGCAAACGGUAGACGUGCGCGGAGCGGGGAGGGUCAGCAGAAGGUGGUUCAAUGGUACGCGGGGGCUCCCAUCGACCUCGUUGGGCGUGAGGCGAAGGCUAGCCAUUCGUUGGACUAUCUGCACUAUCGCGCGAUGCAGAAGAAGAGAGAGGAAGAGGAGCAGAUGAAGUCAGAGACAGCGAGGGAUACUCGAGGGGAGACGACUUUGCUCGAGCUGGCAAAGGCUUGGGCUGAUGUGGUCGCUGAUGGCGAGGCGAAUAGAGGGCUCGAGCUGCCCAAGAUCAGCGAAGGAGAUGACGAGGAUGACGCAGAGCUCCAAGCAAAGCUCAAGGCCCUCGUCAACGAGCUGCAGGCUGCUCAGUAAAAGCUUCAGAGCUGUGCUGAAGCUGUGUUGAUUGGGUCGGACGAGAAUCUAAUAGUACAUGGUAAAGAUGGACCAAGGGCGUCUCGCUCAUGCUGCUGAAGGCUUUUCUGCGGGUGCUGGUGGUGGUGGUUUUGCUGAUGAUGCUGCGUUUGACGAUGAUGAGGCCGAGGCAGCGCCAUCGGCUGUCUCGAGUUGCGGGUUGAAGUGGGAUGCUUCUGCUGGCGGAC